AUGUCCUUCACCCCCCAGUCCAUCCCCUCGCUAUCCGGCCGCGUCUUCUUCAUCACAGGCGGCACGGCCGGCCUCGGCGCCGGCACGAUCUCGCUCCUGGCCCAACACGGCCCCGCGCACAUCUACUUCUCCGGCCGGAACGCGCGCAACGCACAAUCCGUCAUCGAGCGCGUCAAGGGCACUAACCCAGACGUACCUGUGACAUUCAUCCCAUGCGACCUGGCGGACCUGUCGUCCGUGAAGACGGCAGCGCAAAACCUCCUCACGCAAACCCAGCGCCUGGACGUCCUGUUCGCCAACGCAGGGAUCAUGGCCCUCCCACCGGGCACGACGCGCGACGGAUACGAGCUGCAAUUCGGCACGAAUCACAUGGGUCACGCCCUGCUCAUCAAAUUACUCCUCCCCCUGAUGCAACAGACAGCCAAAAAUCACGACGACGCGGACGUGCGGAUCAUCAUCAGCACGUCCGUCGCGUACAAGCAAGCUCCAUCCCGUGAGGGUAUCGCGUUUGAGACCCUCAAAACCCCACAGGACGGCCUGGGCGGGUUGCUCCCCGGCGGGAAAUGGUGCCGCUACGGGCAGAGUAAAUUGGCGAAUAUGCUCUACGGGCGCGAAUUGGCCACGAGGUAUCCCGAGAUCACCUCCGUGGCCAUACAUCCGGGGUACAUCAAGACCGAUCUGUUCGCGAAUGUGUCGUUCAUGACGGCGCUGCCUGUGCGCAUCAUGGCCGCGGGGCACUGGACGCCCGUGGAGGAGGGGCCGUAUAAUCAGACGUGGGCGGGCACCACGCCCAAGGAGAACCUCGAGAAUGGGGCGUAUUAUGAGCCGAUUGCGAAGAAGGUGGCGCCGGAGACUGCUGUGGCGAGGGAUGCAGGGUUGGCGGGUCGGCUGUGGGAGUGGACGGAGAAGGAGUUGGCGGUGUUUUUGUGA